AACGGUCUUUUUUUUACGUCACUACCGGAAAGGCUGGGGGACGCCAGGAAGAGCACGGUGUUCAUCUGCCGAUGAAUGAAGCUCAACCACAAACCUCAUUCAUUUACGUUUCUCUCAGAACUCUGGAGUCUCAGUCAAACAUUGCAGGUGUGGAUGUUUGUCAGUGUUGCUAGAAACCACAGCAGGUGUAUGCACAAAGGUCUGCAUCGUGCCUGUGUGUGAAGAGCCGGUGUGAGCCAUGUCUGUGUCAGUGAUCAUAAAGUGGGGAGGACAGGAGUACUCCAUCAGUUCUCUUUCUGAGGAGGACACUGUGAUGGACCUCAAACAGUCUAUUAAGAGUUUGACUGGGGUGUUGCCAGAGAGACAAAAACUACUGGGGCUAAAGAUUAAAGGGAAACCUGCAGAGGAUGAGGUUAAGCUGGGCUCUUUAAAGCUAAAGCCUAACACCAAAAUUAUGAUGAUGGGUACCAGAGAAGAAAGCCUGGAAGAUGUUUUAGCUCCUCCCCCAGACAAUGACGACGUUGUAAAUGAUUUUGACAUUGAGGAGGAGGUCAUAGAGGUGGAGAACAGAGAGGAGAAUCUUGCUAAAAUAGCUCGCAGAGUCAAAGACUAUAAAGUUGAGGAACUGAACCCUCCCAGAGAAGGCAAGAGGCUCCUGGUGUUGGAUGUGGACUACACUCUGUUUGAUCACAAGUCGUGUGCCGAAACGGGUCAGGAGCUGAUGAGACCAUACCUUCAUGAAUUUCUCACAUCUGCCUAUGAGAACUACGACAUUGUCAUCUGGUCCGCUACAAGUAUGAAGUGGAUAGAGGCCAAGAUGAAAGAGUUGGGAGUGACAGACAACCCUAACUACAAGAUUACGUUCAUGCUGGACAGUGCAGCCAUGAUCACAGUACACACCCCAAAGAGAGGGGUGGUGGAGGUGAAGCCUUUAGGUGUGAUAUGGGGGAAGUAUGGAGAAUUUUACAACAGAAAGAACACAAUCAUGUUUGAUGACAUUGGACGGAACUUCCUCAUGAAUCCACAGAAUGGACUAAAGAUCCGACCCUUCAUGAAGGCCCAUCUCAACAGGGAGAGGGACAGAGAGCUCUCUAAACUGGCUCAGUACCUGAAAGAAAUUGCCAAGCUUGAUGACUUUAGUGGACUUAAUCAUAAGCAUUGGGAGAGGUACUUGUGUAAGAGGCAGCAGCACUGAGGAAGGAGUCAAUUAUCUACAAAACGCUUGGGCUAGAAAAAAACAACCCCAUCCUUCAUUCUCCACAACACACACACACACACACACACAUACACACACAUUUGUCCACCUCUCCAAACAACCCUGUUGUAUUUAGACCACUAAUUAACCCUUGCAGACACUGACACUGUUAAGCUCAUAACUGACGUGUCCUUCCUCCUUCGUAUUUGCAUGGUGUCUCGUUAGUCUGAGCAUUUUUUUUCCCCAAAUAUACUCUUUACAUUUAUUGCAGUGAAAGGUGACAAACUCCAGAUUGACUACCAGCUCACAAAGGACAGUUACUAACACAUGAUCAAGUCUAUGGUGGCCUACUGAUAUCUGCAAUCAUUUACAUCUGCUUUGUUACAUAACUGUUUGAGGAAAUGAAGGAAUGUGUUUCUGUAUGUCCAUCAGUUCUCUUUACCGGACCAAGUAAGGCAAAAUGGAUUUGGAUUGCGGUUCGGAAGGCUGUAAUAGCACAUUUCAUCACAAAUAUCAAAGUGUUUUCAGAGUGGAGGGAGUCAUUUCUAGUUUCAGGCUUGUUGAUGUACAUAGCAUAUCUGGGAAUUCAGUUAUGUGUAAGGUGUAAUGAAGAAUUUAGAUUUUUUAAUUUUUUGAAAACAGUGGUCGAAACCAAAAGUAGACUUCAUCACCGUUAUACACAAUUUCCCCUACAACAAUAUGCAAUAAUUAAAGCUACCAUGGGAUAAAAAUAAUAAUCAAAGGACUUUGGUACUUGCUAUAUCACUGAUCCUUUCAUUGGGUUUCAUUGCAUGUUUUGCUAUAGUAUAUUCAUGAGCUAGGUGUGCAGUGAUGGUCAAUUAUCCAUGGCUGGAUGGGUGUUGAUGUGAAUUUGCCCAAAAAUGUGUUUACACUGUUUUUUGUUUUUUUUUGGCAUGAAAUUGGUACAUGCUGAAUUUGAAAUGGCCCCUUCAUACAAACAAGGGUAUUAUUUCAGUUUUCUUUGUUUUCUUUAAAGUUUUAACCAAACAGUGUAAGCUUGAUUUUGACUAUUUCAGUCGUUACCAAAAUUAAUCUUAAGUUAUAGAUGAAGGAGGUGUAGUUUAUCAUUUCAUCAGAUGAUGUCAGUGUCUGCCUUUUUGUAUUCUUAUGACCUUCCUGUAAAUUUAACCAUAAAACAUUUUUUGUACCAA